AACGUUCCGUCAUUCAUUGGUCCUCGGAACAUUCCUCAGACCAACAUCUUCCACUGAACCAAUCAGAAUGCAGUCUGUUCAAUUCAAUUCAAUUUUAUUUAUAUAGCGCCAAUUACAGUCAAAUUGUCUCGAGACGCUUUACAGAACCCAUAUGCCUGACCCCCAGAGCAAGCCAAAAGGUGACAGCGGCAAGGAAAACACCCUUUUAACAGGGGAAAAAAAGCUCGAGCAGAACCCGGCUCUAAUGUGGGGGGACCCAUCUGCUGCUGGCCGGGCGGGUUGAGAGGGACAGAAGAGGUAGAGAGGUAGAGAUAGAGGGAUAGAGGUAGAGGGAUACAGAUAGAGGGAUAGAGAUAGAGGGAUACAGGUAGAGGGGAAGAGGUAGAGAUAGAGAGGUGGGGGGUGGGACACAAGGACCAUAAAACACAGCCACACAUCUGAAGCAUCCAGCUCUGGGACCAGGGACACUCGGAGAAAGGACACAGAAAGAAACAGAGUGAGUGUAAUGCAAUAAUGGUAUAUAUAGUAAAUACAAAGGUAGUUGGAGAAGGGCUCAGUGCAUCAAGAGAGGUCCCCCAGCAGCCUAGGCCUAUAGCAGCAUAACUAGGGACAAACUAAAGGGACGUCAAGAGUGGAAGUCAGCUGUGCAAAUGAAAACACCAGCUCACCCCGUCAGGGUCCCCCAGUCAGCCCUAACUAUAAGCUUGUCAAAGAGGAAGGUUUUAAGCCUGGUCUUAAAAAUAGAGAGGGUGUCCGCCUCCCAAACCCAAACUGGGAGCUGGUUCCACAGGAGAGGAGCUGAUAACUGAAGGCUCUGCCUCACAUUCUACUUUUAGAGAUUCUAGGAACAACAAGUAAGCCUGCAGUCUGAGAGCGAAGAGUUCUGCUAGGAUAAUAUGGUACUAUCUGGUCUUUAAGAUAUGAUGGAGAUCGGUUGUUAAGAGCUGUAUAUGUCACAAGAAGGAUUUUGAAUUCUAUUCUAGAUUUAACAGGAAGCCAAUGAAGAGAAACCAGUAUAGGAGAAAUAUGAUCUCUCUUGCUAACUCCUGUCAGUACUCUGGCUGCAGCAUUUUGGAUCAGCUGUAGAUGUUUCAGAGAGCUAUUGGAGAAAACUACUUCUCUGUGUCUGUUAGCUCGUCUAGUUUUAGUUCAUCUCUACUUCCAGUCUGAAGCCUCCCUCCUGUUAGUUUAGAGACGUGAUGACAUCCAUCCCAAGUCCUGGUCCACAUCCAGCCUCCUGGGAUCCUGGUUAGUCUGUCUGGAUUCAGAUCCAAGGAGCAACGGACUUUCUCAAGAAGAAUAAUAAACUGUGCUCAUGCGUGAUGAAGUAGUUGUUGGCAUUAAUUAAUGUGUUAAUAAGGAGUCAGCGUGCUCAGCUUUAGUAUCUACACUACUGUUGAAAAGUCUGAGGUCAUCCAGAGAAUUCCAUGUUUUCCAUGAAAACUCCCACUUUUCUCCAUGUGCUAACAUAACUGCACAAGGGUUUUCUAACCAUCAAUGAGCCUUUCAACACCAUUAGCUAACACAAUGUAGCAUUAGAACACAGGAGUGAUGGUUGCUGGAAAUGUUCCUCUGUACCCCUAUGGAGAUAUUCCAUUAAAAAACAGCCCUUAAAACACACACACAUAUAAAUAUAUAUACAGUACAUAGUGCUGUUCAGUACUGAACUGUUUAAUCACCAAAGUCCAACAUGUGGAAAGCCAGAUGUUGAAUUUUCUUCCAGUGUUGAAGUUAGGGCUGGGACUUUAACGUGUUAAUUUCGAUUAAUUAAAUACAAUGAAAAUAACGCGUCAAAAACAAUAAUGCAAUUAAUUGCACCCUCCUACCUUUGUAGCAAUGAAGAAGAAGCACAGGAAGUACUGAGUGAAGUCAGGCACUGGUGAACCUUGAAGGAGAAGACGAGAUUGAGCUUGUUGGGCAGAAAGUUUCCUUUUAAAAAUCUUCCCGAUGGCAGCUUGGAUAAAAGCCUGAUUGUGUGCAAAUUGUACAACAAAGAGUUUUCUGAUCACUGCAUCACUUCAAGCCGACGGUAUCACCUCAAUGUCAAUCUUUAUAUACAGUCUAUGGUGCAGCUACCAUAGAUAUGAAUGAGUAGAUAGGACACGCCCCUUUGAGCUGUGCGCUACGGUGAGGCUAAGCUAGUGGGGGCAAAGUUUCAGUGCAUUCCGUUGAUGUUGACGGCGUGAAAACGGAAACAACAAGUAUGCCGGCUCACUGUGCUGCAUACAGUUACACACUACGUCGCACGAUUGAGACAAGGAAACUUGGAAUGACUUUUCAUAGGUAAGAAUAGUUUUUGGCUCUUUUUUCAUUAUGAAAUCUUGUUGAGAGCUUCCAGUCUAUGAGAGCUAACUAGUUAGCCACUAGCAAAACGCUAAGGUGAGCUAGCAGCUUGACAACCAAAUACCAGACUAUUAAUGGUGGCUGUAGUAUAGUUGUACAAGCAGUAGUAGUAAUACUAAAAGUACAAGCAGCAGUAGUAGUAUAAACAGCUGUUAGAGUCGUAGAAGUAGUAUCAGCAUUUGUAAUAAUAUUACAAGUUGUAGUAGCAGUGCCAGUAUCAGCAGCAGUAGUUAAUGUACUACCACUAGUACUAGUAGUAGUCGCAUUGCUAUUACUACCGCCAAUACUACCAAUAGUAGUUAUAAAGCCUAACUCGUGUAUAUCCAGAUUACCAUCUAUGUUCUUCCUCCAAACCCAUUUUAUGAUUGGGAUUACAGGCAGUUCUUUAGGACUGCUCUCAAGUAAUUGAAAUGUUACUAAACAAGGUUAUACUUAUCAAAUUAAAUAGCUCUGGUCUCCAGUAUAUUGGCAAAUUCGGUUCUUUGUACUUAAUUUAUUAGCAUGAUUUCUUUUUAAAUAUGUUUUUACAAGUUGUAUUUACUUGUCUGUCUACUUUUCUUACUCCAUGUAGGUUUCCCAGAGACUAUGGGUUGAGGAGGAAGUAGGAAGUAGCUCUGAGGAGAGAGGGGUUUGCUGCAAAUGAUGAGUGGGUGCUCUGCAGUGAUCAUUUUAAACCUGAUGAGUUUGACAGGGCUGGGCAGGUUUGUCGGCUUAGACCUGGUGUCAUUCCAUCAGUGUUUAACUUCCCAGCUCAUCUUGGAAGAGGAGGUGCAUCAUUGACAAGGAACUCAGUUUUAUUGAGUUUCGUUAUUUUCAUGAAAAUUUACACUUUUACUGUUUCUUUAUAGAUGUUAGGAUGGCCGUUUCGCGGUUGGAUAAGAGAGGAGGCUUGAGACGAGAUCAAAUGCAGGUCAACCUGGCGUUUAUUCAUCAAUGUAAUAGUAAAAAUACACAAACAGCAGAAGGCAGUGACUGGCAUGUUGUGGCGCUCCCUCUCUCUCAACUGCCAGUCUUUUAUAGGCCUCUCCCUAUUCAACCCCUCAGGCCUACCAACAUAAGGGUUAAUCAAAAAUAAUCAAACACAGGAAUUUCAUAAAAAUAUAAUAUCUUUAAUUGUAACUGUAAUAACAAGCAUUAAAACUACAUAUCCAUUUCCUAAAAGUAACUAUUAACAUCCUCAUCUAGCAAUGUAUUUAUUUCAUCACUUGAUGAGAUUUCUUCUCUCCCUCUCCUCACCUACACUUGGUUCCUCCCAGAACCUUUAAAAAGAUGUUCCAGCCCAAGGGGACUCUUUUGACUGCAACACCUGUGGUGACAACAGAGAGGCCUCACAAGGGUUUUCACCCAAUGCUACCAGGAGAGCCACCACACAGCACAUGGCAGCACAUGCCAGCCUCAAAACCACACUCAAUAAAUCAAUAAAACAGUCAUUGUCUUGUGUUUUAUAUUGUGAAUGUGAACUCCGUACUAGUAAUGAAGUUAACCUUCAUUACAAUAGACGACCCACUGUGACCCAAUGCACACUUAUUAUUCACCCUACUUGUUUGUAUCACUGCUUUCAUGCUAUUAGCAUUUAUAUGCUCAUUGUGUGUCAAUUAUGUGUAUGUCUAAAUAUUUAAAAUCAUUUUUGUCAAACUUAAUGAUUUUUAAAUGAAUCAUUCAGAAUCAACUACAAUGCUGUGAGAUGUUAAAAUCUUUUUAUUUUCUUUAAACUUUACACAUCUAAGUGUUAGGGCAUCAUCUGUGUGUGUGCGUGCACACACACACACACGCAUGCACGCACACGCACGCAUGCACACACACACACACGCACGCACGUAUGUAUAUAUAUUCCCCCAUGGGAUUAAUAAAGAACUAUCUAAAACUAUAUUUCUUUUUUCUUAAGCCUGAAGCAACAAGGACCACAGCAACCUCAAGGCAAGCUGUGGAGAGCUUACACACCUCUCAGUAUGCCACCAAAAACGAACCUCAGCCUAAUGUUGACCGUGUGAGUAUUUGUACUUGAUAAGUCCCAAAAGGGUGAGAGGAUUAUGGGCUUGGUCUCAAUUUGCAUGGUGCUGGCAGUAGGAUCUAUUGUAAUUUACAAAAGAAAUUCCCUUUUGAAACCUUGAAGUUCAUUGGCAUCCCUGACCUAUUUUGCAAAAAAAAAAAAAAAAAAAAAAAUCACAGUCCUUACUGCUUUACUGCCUUUGUGCAACUAUAAUGUGGUUAUUUGUUCCUAGAUCAUUGACAGGCUCUUCAAUGUAAUGAAUAGUCGCAAUCCCCGUGCCAGAGGACACAAAGCUCCCCUGGGAAAGCUCAGUUGGUGGGAGAAAGCUGUAUUUUUGAAGAAAGCCAGGAAGUACCUGAUUACUUUGGUGAUGAAAGAUGACAAACCCCUUCAUCAGUCAAAGUACUGAAAAAUACUGAAAUUUCUGUUCUGUUCAAGUUUUGCAUCGUGUUCAUAAGAUGCUAUUUUUUCCGCAUGGUGUUCAUAAGGUGAUAAGGUUAUGGUGAUAAGUAAGUGAGAAUGGUCUCAUGAUGCUCCCUUUCUCCAUUGUGUUUGCUGUCUGUGGUUUUGUUUGCUCAAAUUCUGUUCUGUUUAAUUUCUUUUUAGGAUUUACAGCUGUCAAAGUGAUGCGGUACCUGUCUGUCAUCGGGUUUGUCAUAAACAUCGACACCUUGAUGCAGAUGAUUCCUAAAAUGCUUGCAGAUCAGCAGUAUAUCCUGACCUAUAGGUUCAGCCAGGAUCAUUUGGAACUGCUCUUUAACUCCAUCAGAGCAUCGGGCAGCUGGAGCAAUAACCCCACUGCAGGGCAAUUCCAGGCAAUCUUCCGCCGACUGAUGGCACGGUGUGGUGUCAAGCCAGUUCAAUCUGGCAACGUGACAGAGAAGGAUGCCACUGUGAACUUGUGUGCCCAGCACUUUGCAAAAGUGUCCCUUCAUGCUGCAGAGAUGUCUUCUGCUGAUGCUGCUGAAGAGCUUCCUUCCCCCUUUGUAAACAUUGCUGGCCUUGUGUGUGACCACAGCUACCUCCCUACCCGCUUUGGGAGCCUGGUGGACAAUGCUCUGGUUUACAUUGCUGGAUUUGUUGUUUUGCGAAUCCUGAGCAGGCUGUCCUGUGAUGUGUGCCGUGAAAGCCUAGUGUCUGAGGCUACAAAAUCAUCGUUCAGCGAGAACUACCAUCUUUUGACCCUGAAAAACAAUGGUGGGUUGGUGAUUCCCUCGAAUGGCACUGUUCAGGUGGUGAGAACUGCUGAGCGGGCCAUUCGCCAUAGUUCUGGGUGCAUACCACGGGAGUCUGUGGUCACACAUUUUGUCAUAGAAGAGAUUGGCACAAAGGAUGUGUUUUUACUCAGGGAGCACAUCGAGGAAACCCAGUUUGGUAUAGAGAACCACCAGUCUCUCUUGAUCACUUACAUUGUGUGUCAGUGUUUUUAAAAAUAAGGCUGAACCACAUUGUCAGACUCACUUCCCUUGAUUUACAAGGUGAAAGUACUAAAAAGAAGUCGUGCAAAACGGUCCUCUUUCAGGGUUUCUAGCCAUGAGGUUGUAUGAAGGUGAAGUCUUACUGACACACACAACAAUGUACCUGUUUAUUGUAAAUGUAAAUAAACUCUAUCCUGUUCUAGUCUA